AAAGACUCUGGGACUAGUGGUCAGUCAAACUUUCACACUCAGAGUGAAUAUUUCAGAGGAAAAUCCUCGUACCCAGAGUUUUCUUAAACAAUUCCUCGAAAAUCCCCGGAUCAUCACUCAAAUCCACCAAUCCCUCACCUGACAGAUAACGAAAUAGACAAAAAACCUAGAUUAAAAAUAAAAAAUAAAUUCAAGAAUGCAUAUUUUAUUAUACCAAUAACAAAUAAUAAUAAAUAAUCAAUGAGUGGUGAUUUGUAAGUGUCUUUCAAUGUGAAUAUCAAUACCAUGUGAAAUGUGGAGUAAUUGUUAUUAUCAUUGUACAUUAUUAUUUAAAUAAACCAAGUGAAUGACUGGGUGGUACGAAGAUGAUAAAUAAAUAAAUGAAAAAUGAGAUUGCUGUGAGUUGAAAGGAAAUUACCAUGAGGAUGAGUGAAGGUGCAAUGGUGCAAUGAUAAUUCACGAAAAUUUAGCAUGACAAGGGAUUAUUUAGCAUGAUAAUAACUGGACGUCAACCUGGAGAGUGGAAAAUAGAGUAAAAAUUAUUUGGAUGCUAUUGCUGGUGGACAGUUGUAUAAAGUCUCGCUCAUCGUUGGAACAUCGGCAUUUCAGAUUUUUAUUUAUAUUGUUGUAUUGGAAAUUGAUAGGGUAAUGAUGUCAGCCGGUCUGAUUGUCAUCCUCUGGGUUAUCACUGGUAUCACCAGUGGUUACAAUGUACUUUUGGCAACAAUGGGGGGUACUAAGUCACAUACUGUUCCAUUUGUUGCACUUGGUACUGCGUUGAGGGCCAGAGGACACAAUGUCACUCUUGUCAGCGCUUUUCCUGGACCUGCAGCUAACAAUGGACUUCGAGAGAUCGUCCCUUCCAUUCUCGAGGCUUACAUCGGUAACUACACAUCAGAAUGGGAUCUCGUUGGUGCAAGAUACAGAAACGAGUUACCACUUUCACCGUGGGAUGCAAUGAGAUAUGGUUGGGAGUCAUGUGAAGCUCUAUUGCGAGAUGAGAGUUCAAUAGCUCAAUUGAGAAGACCCGAAUUAUCGGAGGUAAAUGGGCCAGAGCGUUGGGAUAUCGCUGUAAUCGAUGGGGCCUUUCCGGAGUGCCUCCUCGGGAUCAUCCACAAGGAAAAUAUUCCCACCAUGAUGUUGAACACGGUCGCCCUGUACGAGGGUUCGAUAUCCCUCCAGGGAAACCCCUCCCCGUGGUCGAUCAUCCCCUAUUUUGGCCGAGGCUACACCCAGGACAUGAACUACUUCGAGAGAAUCAUCAACGUUGCCUGUCUCUCAAUCAUCAAGACCAUGCACUGGUUCAUGGUCACCAACUUCAUUCAACCGACACUGCGCAAAUAUUUGAGAUACGAAGUACCAGACGUUCGAGAGCUGAUUUCAGAGGUCCCAGUGACUCUGCAAAACAGUCAUUACGCAGUAGCAGACUCUCUCCCAUAUUUAUCGAAUGUCGUAAACGUGGCCUGUCUUCAUUGUCGUCCCCCACUGGCCCUCAGUCCGGAUCUAGAAUCAUUCCUACGAAAAGGAUUCAUAUUUGUAUCCAUGGGGUCUUCCGUGAGGGCCUCGGGGAUGCCUGAUGGCCUCCGGGAGAUGUUUGUUGCUGCUUUUUCCACUCUGCCUUUUAAUGUUGUGUGGAAAUGGGAAGGUGGAAAAAUUGAUAACUUACCGGGAAAUGUGAGAACUGGUGCGUGGUGGCCACAGCAGGAACUCCUCGGGCACAAGGAGUUGAGGGGUUUUGUCUCACAUGGUGGACUCUUAUCUCUUCAUGAAGCUGCUUAUCAUGCUGCACCCACUCUUGUGCUGCCGGUUUUCUGUGAUCACGAUGGAAAUGCUGCACAAGCUGAAAAGCUGGGGUACGCCAAAGUGAUAAAUCUCGAGAGUUUAUCAAUAACUGGACUACGAGAUUCAAUCCUCAAAGUGGCAUCAACGAGAGAUAAUCCAUACAAAGAAGCAGCAAAAAGACAAAGUUUAUUGUUGAAGGAUCAGCCUUUGAGCUCAACAGAGCUUGCAAUCUGGUGGGUUGAAUAUGUUGCAAGACAUCGUGGAGCUGAUCACAUGAAAAGCUCAGCCAGGCACAUAGGACUCGUGAGGUACUACUCCAUCGACGUAUUUGUUUUUUAUGCUGCUAUUUUUUUAUUGUUUAUCCAGGUAUUUCGCAUGAUGCCGCGAAAAGCAUCGAGGGGUGUGCAAAUGAUAAAAGGAAAGAUUGACUGAUACUAUUUUUCGAUAUUCAGUAGCAAUCAGGACAAAUGUUAUAAAUUUUUUGGACAAGUUCUGGUAGUAGAAUUUUUUCAAACGCGAUUUUUUAUAUGGUUCAGUGGUUUUGUUUUCACCAUUGGGGAUUUUAUUUUUUCACUUCAAGUUAAUACUUGAUGUUUUUAAUAAGGACAAAUUUACGACAAUUCUAUAUUGAUAUUGUUUAUUUAAAAAUUUAUGAAAUCUCGUUUUCUCAUUCCGCCAAUGACUUUUGUUGUACAUUUUUCGUAUUUUCCACUUAAACCGUUUUGUUUAUUUAUUAACAGUGAUUGUACAAUGUAUUAUUGAUGUAUGCGACAGCUAAUACACGAGAGAUAAAUUUAAAAUAGACUGAUCAUUUUUACUCCCUCCCA